AUGGUGAGCAAAGAGCCAAACCACCUGCUCACAGGCCACACCAAUAGCAAGAGCACCUUGGCAGACAAGCUGCCCGGCACCAUGACUGUGCGCUCUGUGCUGCUGAACCGAGACUCCCCCGACAUUGAGAGCCGCCUCAAGCGGCGCCGCAGCCGCACCCACCAGGUCCGCUUUAAAGACCUGGAGGAUGGCAGUAGCAGCAGUGGCAACGGUGGCUCAACAGAAGCCAAGAGCCAUCGGAGGCCUCCGACAGAAAGUGACAGCCCUCGCCAUCUCUGUAAACAUGGCAUUAUGGCCUCUCAGGGAUGGACAGACAGGGAGGGGCCUAGUAAGGCUCUACCUGGCCAAACCUCUGUAGUCGGGGCAGUGCGUGGGGACAUGGCAGGCACCAUAGAGGUGGUGGCUGCUUUCUUAGCCAGGGCCCCUCCUCACCCGUUGACCCCAGGACCCACACGUCGAUGCUGGGCCCCCCCUCAGACCAACAGCCUAACCUUGCCAAUGACACGCAGGCCUAGUACCAGCACCAGCACAGCCAUCCAGACCUCCCCAUGCCUGAAAAAGCCCCAGCCCCUCUUUUCAACUAACUCACGCAGCCAUAGUCUUGGGGACACAGUUGGGGCAGAUGGGGAUGAUGAGCAGGACUCCCAGGAUGAAUAUCUCUCCCACAACCAUGUCUCGGUGCCAGGAUGCAGAGAUGGGACCAGUCCCCCUGGGCAGCAGCCAGUGGGAGACCGGAGAGCUAAUGGCUCCAGGAUCGGCGAUAAAGGUGUUGCAGUGGUGAAGAACUCAAGGUACAGCUGCCCCAUGUCAGUCCUCAACCACACCGAGGCCCAUCCCUGCUCCUCUGUAUCCUGCCGGGAUGGCUCCAAGCGUCAGGGGAGCACUACGCCUUCACUGGUCAGGAGGAGGAGGCGGCUAAAUAGGGCAAUAAGUGACCCAGGAAAAGAGGUGUCCUACUGCACCACUCCUACACAGACUGAGGUCCCAAGCCCAUCUCCACCGCCCACAAACACUCAGCUCUCAAACAUGCAAUCGAGCACCACACCAACUAAAACUGUUCCCCUGUACUCUUCCACAUUUCGUGCCGCACCGCCAUACACACCCCCAUCUCAGGCCCCUUACAGCACUCAGGACAAGAGGGUUGUUCGACUUCCACCUCCACCCCCACCACCUCCACCCUACACCCCACGUAAAGAGGGAAGCAUUACCCCAGGCCCUGCACUCAAACCUCCCACACUCAGGGCAGACAGCAAGGCCAGUGAAAAAGAACAAGACAGAGAGAAGGAGAAAAGGGAAGAUGUGACAGGUAGGGAGUCACCCAAGCUCUGCGAGAGAGCCAGCUCUCUGAAGUACAGAGCUUCCACCCCUCCAGUGUCUGUGAUGAAGGGAGAGCAACAGCCCUCCUCGCCUGCCAAGGCUUGCUCCAAACCCAGCUGUCUCAGCUCAGCCCAAGCUCAGCUGGGGGCACUACAUAAAAUGCUCUGCUCAGGAGCCAGUGCCAGGCCCAACACCCCUAACAGCCAGCACCCCCUCCCUCCAAGACAGCAGGGUUGCUCUGGGGCUUUGGGCUGCUCAAGUUCUGUUGAGAGACCUGCGUCCGGGCCGCUGACUGCCACCCAGGCUGAUACACUGCGACAGGUUCAGGAAAUCCUUGGAGGGCUGGUGUCAGGGGCCAAGUGUAAACUGGACCCGUCCAGGGUGACAGAGAAGUUGCUGAGCCCUAAUGGCCCCCUGCAUGACAUCCGCAGUUUGCAGACACAGCUCCAUAGCCUGGAGGGAGUCCUGGAGACCAGCCAGAACACCAUUAAGGUCCUACUGGAUGUUAUACAAGAUCUGGAGAAGAAGGAGGCCGAGAGAGAUGGGCGACACUCCUACAGAACAGGACAGGACAUAGAGAACUGUGGGACCUGCAGAGACUGCGCCUGCAUCAUCUACAGUCAGACAACGACGUACACAAAUCACUGGGCGAUAAGAAUAUCUGGGGAUCACACGUUUAUUAACAGGAUAGCAGAAAAAUAUGAAUUUACAAAUUUGGGACAGGUUGGAAACCUGAAGAACUAUUAUAAUUUUCACCACAGUGGGACAGAGAAACUGUCACCCGUGUCCAACGAAGCUCUCACUGCCCACAUCGCCAAGGAGACCAAGGUGGAGUGGAUUCAGCAGCAGGUGGUCCAAAUAAGAGUCAAGAGGAACACCAGAGCCAGUCAUACCCAGACACUGUACUUUAAUGACCCACAGUGGAACAGCCUGUGGUACAUUCACUGCAGAGAUGACUCCAAAGGCUGCCCAUCUCACAUGAACAUCGAGGGGGCCUGGAGGAGAGGGUACACUGGUAAGGGUGUGGUAGUGUCUGUCCUCGAUGAUGGCAUUGAGAGGGAGCAUCCGGAUCUCAAGCCAAAUUAUGACCCUCUUGCCAGCUACGAUGUGAAUGGAGACGAUCAUGAGUCCCCUUCUGCAUAUGAUUCACGUAACGCUAACGACCACGGGACCCGGUGUGCGGGGAUGGUUGCUGCCGCAGCGAACAACUCUCAGUGCACGGUGGGAGUCUCUUUCCAUGCCAAGAUAGGUGGCAUCGGUAUGCUGGGUGGCGCUGUGACGGAUAUAGUGGAGGCCAAAUCGCUGAGUUUCAAUCCGCAGCAUAUCGAUAUCUACUUAGCUAGCUGGGGGCCGGAGGAUGACGGGACCACUUUAGAGGGACCGGGGCUCCUUGCUAGGCUUGCUUUACGAAACGGCAUUCAAACAGGCAGGCAGGGGAAGGGCUCCAUCUUUGUCUGGGCGUCUGGCAACGGAGGAAGCAAAGGCGACCAUUGCUCCUGUGAUGGAUACGCCGCCAGUAUCUACACUAUCUCCAUCAGCAGCAGUACUCGGGAAGGAAACGGGCCAGAUUACCUGGAGCGGUGCUCCUCCACCCUGGCCACAGCAUACACUUCUGGGGAGACAGAAAGCUCCCGGAUGGUUACCUUGGCUCCAGAGGAGGGCUGUAGCGCAGAUCAUUCAGGAACCUCAAUCUCGUCCCCAAUGGCUGCGGGGGUCAUCGCGCUGGCCCUGGAUGCCAACCCCCAGUUAACUUGGAGGGACAUGCAGCACAUAAUUGUCAGGACAGCACAGGCAGACCAUCUCAACGCUCCCGACUGGCACACAAAUGGAGCUGGAUAUAAGGUGAGCCAUAUGUAUGGAUUUGGCCUGCUGAAUGCAGAAAACAUGGUGAAGGAAGCUGAGCAGUGGAGACAGGUCCCUCCCCAGCACAUGUGUGAGGAGGAAGCCCCCAUCCAGCUGAGCAGGUUUAUUCGUGCCGGCGCUGUGCUGAGAACAGUGCAUGAGAGUAAGAGCUGUUCCGAGGAGCCCUUGCAGCACAUCGUUUAUGUGGAGCAUGUCAUUGUACGUGUUACCAUCAUUCACAGCCGCCGCGGUGACCUUUCCAUCACGCUCACAUCACCUGCAGGCACAACAUCUCAGCUGCUAGCUAACAGGCCUCUGGAUUAUUCUACUGAAGGCUUUAAGAAUUGGGAAUUCAUGACAACCCAUUGCUGGGGGGAGAAGGCAGCAGGAGAAUGGAGUUUGGAGAUCCGUGAUACUGCCUCUCAAGUGAGAGAUCACACCAAAUUAGGGAUCUUGAAAGCGUGGUCCCUGGUGCUUUAUGGCACAUCAGAGCAGCCAUACUCCAUGCGUCGUGAGCAAGCUCGAUCGGCUGAGAUGCCAGUGGAUGGUGGCAGUGACCUUACUGAUGAAUACAAUGGACCCUGUGACCCAGAAUGCAGUGGUGAAGGUUGCGAGGGGCCUGGCCCCCAGCAAUGUGUCACAUGCUUGCACUUUUUUCUCAAAUCCAAGAACAACACAAGGACUUGCUUAUCAAAAUGUCCAGCGGGCUUUUGGGGUGACCGACGACGUUGUAAAAGGUGCUUCUCCUCCUGUGAGCGCUGUACUGGGAGCAGGAGUGACCAGUGUAUUUCCUGUCAACCUGGCUAUCACCUGACUGAAGGGACCAAAUUCUGCACGAGUAGCUGUGGCGAUAACUACUUCCUUGACCACGAUGGGAAUAUGUGCAGAAAGUGCAGCGAAAACUGCUUGAAGUGCACCUCCUCCAGCAUCUGCACAGAAUGCAAACCAGGCACAAGUCUGCAGGGGAAUCGGUGCCAGCGGAGCUGUGGACCAGGAUUUUAUCACAACAUACAGGGGAACACCUGCCAACCGUGCCAUCAGGCCUGUGCUACCUGUGCAGGUGCAGGUGUGGAGGCAUGCAACCAGUGUGCAGAAGGCUACUUAAUGGAGGGGUGGAGAUGUGUGUCCUCCUGCAAUGCUGGGUUCUAUGCAGUGGAGCCAAACCCAGAGAUUGCUGAUGGGCAGAGGAUAUGUAGGAGGUGUGACGCCAGCUGUCUCACCUGUGUGGGGCCUAGCAUGGAGAACUGCGGCAGCUGUUCCAGCGGCCACAGCCUCCAGGAGGGAGUGUGUGUGGUCAGCAAUCUGUGUGGAGAUGGCGAGUUUCCGGACAGUAAUGGGAAGUGCCGUGUGUGUGACGCAAUGUGUGUGAAGUGUACAGGGCCGCACAGUGAGGACUGCAUCAGCUGCGCUGCUUCACGGAUCCUCGAUGAGGGUCGCUGCCUGGCAGAGUGCACCAGAGGGAAGUACCAAUCAGGUGGACAGUGCCACCUGUGCCACCACACCUGUGCCACUUGUGUGGAUGGAGAGGCUGCCAACUGUACCAGCUGUGACACGGAUAAGUUUGGGGUUGAGCGUUACCUGUAUAAAGACCAGUGUGUAGACACCUGUCCUGAGGUUUUCUACCACACCGAAGAGAAGAGCUGUGCACCCUGCUCCCAGCACUGCACGCUCUGCACCAGCCUGACCCACUGCCUCACAUGUAACUCCUCCUACCACCUCUCCGAUGGACUGUGUGCUAAGCUGGAGUGUGGAGAAGGGGAGGUGGAGGAUCCCGAUUAUGAUGACUGCAUGUCCUGUGAGGAAGGCUGUAGGAAGUGUGUCUUGUAUAACCCUAGGCAUUGCCUGUCCUGCAUUGAGGGCUUUUACAAUUUUCAGGAUGGCUGCUACAAGCACUGCCCCGCAAAGACGUACAGUGUGGAGGAGGAGAUGACCUGUGUUCCCUGUGAUGACGACUGUGUGAGCUGCGAUGAGCACGAGUGCUACUGGUGUGAGACUGACUUCUUCUUGUCAGAGGGGGAUUGUGUUGAAGUAUGUCCAGACGGUUUCUAUGGCGAUGAGGACACCCACGAUUGUGAGGAGUGCCAUUUGGACUGUGUCACGUGUAAUGGGCCAGAGGAUGAUGACUGUGUGUCAUGUGAGGAGGGAAAGAGGCUGGAAAAUGGGGAGUGCGUGUCUGACCAGGAGGUCUGCGCUAUUAAGACCUUUCUCAGCGAUGAUGGGGAGUGUGAGGACUGCCACCCCUCCUGUGAGUCUUGUUCUGGAGACGAGAGGAACCAGUGUAAAACAUGUGUUAGAGGGUUGUUCCUGACGGCCCAGCAGACGUGUGUGUCAAAGUGUCCUGCAGGCACAUUUGCCAGUUCGCUGAACAGUGUUUGUGAGGCCUGCCCUCAGGGCUGUGUGCAGUGUGCGGACGCUCUGCGCUGCACCCGCUGUCAGACUCGCAAAGCCCCCUUAUUCCUGCAGGACGGACAAUGUGUCCAUCAUUGUGUGAGAGGUUAUCCGGUGGGCCAGGUGUGUCGCAGCUGUAUGGCAGGCUGUGUGUCCUGCUGGAGAAAUGCCAGUCAUUGCUUAGUCUGUGAGGAACCUCUCUUGCUACACAAGCACCGCUGUGUGGACGUCUGUCCCCCAUCGCACACUGUCCGAAAUGGGGAGUGCCAACGCUGCCCCUCUGCCUGCCAGGAGUGCACCCCUCUAGGAGAGUGCACAGGUUGUGAGGAGUAUCACUUCCUCCAUGAAGGAGUAUGUGUGCUGGACUGCCCUGAGAGGUUCUUUGAGGACACGGAGCAAGGGGUAUGUUUACGUUGUCACCCCAGUUGCACAUUGUGUGAUGGGCCGGACAACAAUGACUGUGACGCCUGUUUGGACCCCGAGGCCACCCUGCAUAAUGGAGCUUGUUUACCAAACUGCCCCACCCAAAACUACAGGGACGCCAUGACAGCAGAUUGUAAAGACUGUGAUGCAUCUUGCCUGACAUGCUCGGGACCCGAUGCUGGCUCCUGCACCAGCUGCAGAGAGGGUCACGGGCUAGAUGGCCAUGGCCAAUGUGUGCUGCUGGCCAACAAGUGCUCUCCCCAGCACUAUGCAGAUCUGGCUGGGGAAUGCCACCCUUGUCACAGAUACUGCCACCAGUGCACAGGUCCCGGAAAGACCUACUGCUUAAGCUGCAACCGGAAACACUUCCUGCUCAAUGGCACCUGCAUGGAUGAAUGCCCUACAGGUUACUAUCAGGAUAAAACAGAGCAGAAAUGUGAGACUUGCCACCCUACCUGUUUGUCCUGCAUGGGCAAACAUAGCCAUGAGUGCCUCAGCUGCAAAUCCCACCUUUUCAGGGAGGGCAAGGACUGUGUAGAGACAUGCAAACCCAGUCACUAUGGCAACGUGGCCUCCAGGACGUGUGAGAGGUGUGACCCGAGCUGUGGGGAGUGUAUCAGGAAUGGGGAGGACGGCUGUCUGAGCUGCACCAUGGCCCUCCUCUACUUGAGGAGAGAGGGACGCUGCCUCCCCACCUGUCCACAGGGACAUUACAAUGACACUGUGCACAUGACCUGUGAGCCCUGCCAUGCCAGCUGCAAAACCUGCUCAGGAAAAGAAUCCCAGGACUGUGACUCAUGCCAUAUGGGGUACACACUGUCAGAUGGCAUGUGUGAAUCUAUGUGUCCCAUAGGCCAGUAUCCUGUGAUUAAGGGUGCAGAGCAUGCCUGUGAGGACUGUGACCGCUCUUGUCUGGAGUGCAGGGGAGCUGGACCGUCCAACUGCACCAUGUGUCCUGCUCAGGCCAUUUUGGCAGCCGGAGGGCGCUGUCUGCUUUGCUGCCGCCAACAGGGCCCGGCAGAAGAGAAGGACAAGGCCACAAAGAAGACUCUAAUGAAUACUGAGGUCAUAGCUCAGCAGCAGGACUGCUGUAAUUGCACUGAGACUCGAGGCGAGUGCAUCCUUAGUACCAACUUUGCUUUUAGGAACGAGGAAGAAGAGGAAGCCUCAGGUAACCUAGCACUCUUCAUCACAACUUCUAUCUUGCUCGUGCUGGGAUUCGGGGCUGUCAUCUUCCUCAUCAGACACUCCCGAUCCAAGAGCCCUGCUCCAGACAUUGCCCCUCGUGGCUACGAGAAGCUGGGCUCCAGCGGCGUCUACGGAGCCGGCAGCAGACAUGGCGGCUACACCUCCUCCUCCUCAUCCACAUCUUACAGUGCCCGUGCUAGUUCAUCUGGCGGGCACUUCCAGGAGGCACAGUUAGUUGAUGUCAGUGAACGGCACAUGGGGAAUAAGGAUGAUGAUGAUGAUGACGAUGAUGAGGACAUCGUUUACAUGGGUCAGGAUGGCACUGUGUACAGGAAGUUUCGUUAUGGACAGCUGGGAGAGGACAAUGAAGAUGAGCUGGAAUACGAUGACGAGAGCUAUAGGUUUCGGUGA